AUGAGCGAUCCAAACAACCCAAAUAUCAACAACAGGUCAACUCCUCAAUGGGGUCUGAUGCAAAGAGAACUCUUCUGGGCGCCAAACGAAGGAAAACAUCCUCCAUUCAACACGGAUCCCGACAAAUUAAAGGAAACCGCCGAGGAUCGCCUCUCAAAACGUGGUUGGCUAUACUCGUCUUGCAAUGCCGGUCUGUCAUGGACUCACUAUGCCAACCGACUGGCAUUUUAUCGCCACCAGGUCAUUCCGCGCAUGCUCGUCGACACACACCACCGCGACACGGCCACGACCAUCUUUGGACACAAGGUCGCGGCGCCGAUUGGCUUCGCCCCGAUUGGCAUCAACCGCAUCUACCACCCGACGGGGGAGCUGUCGCCCGCCAAGGUGGCCGGGGAGCUCAACCUGGCCUACGCGCUGUCGUCGGCGGGGAGCUACAGCAUCGAGGACGUGGCCGAGGCCAACGGCGACGGCGGCGUGCGCUUCUACCAGCUGUACUGGAGCCCCGACGACGCCGUGACCCUGUCCAUGCUGCGCCGGGCGCACGCGCGCGGCUACUCGGCCCUGCUGCUGACCACGGACACGUGGCAGCUCGCGUGGCGCCACGACGACGUCGCCAUGGGCAACUACGCGUUUUAUCACGAGCACGGCGCCGGCGACCUCGGGCUCGGGGACCCGGCGUUCCGCGAGUCGCUCGAGCAAAAAGGGUUGGACCCGGAGAAGAACCCCCGCGAGGUCGGCGCCGAGUGGAUUGACAAGCACAUUUGGCACGGGCAUUCGUUUUCCUGGGACCGGCUGCCUUGGCUCAUGGAGCAGUGGCGCAGCAUUUCUGGGGGCAAGCCCUUUUGUAUCAAGGGUAUCCAGAGCGUGCCCGAUGCCAAGAAGGCGGUGGAGAUGGGCGUCGACGGCAUCGUGGUAUCGAACCAUGCCGGUCGACAGGUUGAUGGGGCAAUUGCGUCUCUCGAUGCGCUAGAGAAGAUUGUCGAUGCUGUUGGGGAUAAGACUUAUAUCAUGUUUGAUUCGGGCAUCAGGAGCGCCGCUGAUGUAUUCAAGGCCCUCGCGCUCGGGGCCAAGUUUGUCUUUAUCGGCAGGCUCUGGGUGUGGGCUCUCGGCGCCGGGGGUGAGGAGGGGGUGCGACACGAGAUCAAGGCUCUACUUGCCGAGUUUGAUAUCAUGAUGAAUGUCGCUGGCUAUCCCAAGCUCGAUGAGAUCAAUCGCGACGCCAUUGAGUCUCUUCCCAAGGGCACCUACUUUCCCGGAACGCCCAAGAUCACCUGA